AUGUGUGGAGGUGAAAUUGGCCGUGGAGUUGAAGCCAAGGGUGGCCGGAAUCUGACGUCGAGCCAAGAACUCUGGUCCGAGCUAGAACCCAUCACGGAUCUCUUUAGCUUAGAGUAUACCAUCAAGAAAGACCCCCAUCCAACCCAACUGAUACAGACUGAGACAAUUGAGAAGAAUAUGAAGGCGACUCAGAAAACUCGGAAGAACGUUUACAGAGGAAUCCGACAGAGGCCCUGGGGGAAGUGGGCUGCCGAGAUACGUGACCCCCAAAAGGGAGUCCGAGUCUGGCUCGGAACUUUCAAGACCGCCGAGGAAGCGGCGAGGGCUUAUGAUGAGGCGGCCAAGCGCAUCAGAGGCAAGAAGGCCAAGCUGAACUUUCCUGAUCCAGCUGAUCAGACACCGCUACCGCUGCCGCCACCACCAAAGAGGCCGCGUGUCGCCAUUGAGUCUACUCCGGCAAGUCAUCCUUUAACCAAGAAACCCCCAUUUGUGGGUUUUGAUCAAAACCCAGUGACGGAUCCAUUUGGGUUCAAAGAGCAGAUUUCCAAAUUGGAAUCAUUUCUUGGGCUGGAGCCCGAGUUCACUGAGUUCGAUGGACUCGGGGUGCCGGAAUCGGCUGACCUUUUUUGGAUGCUUGAUGACCUUCCCAGGCUUCCCGGGACUUACAAUAAUGAGCAGAAUCCUAUGUUCUACUGAAGGAGUCUGAUAACCAAGUACUGGUGCGCGCUCUGUUAUGUUAAGGGGUUUUUGGUGAAGAUAAUAUAUAUAAAUAAAAUAUACAAAUAUAUAAAUAAGUUACAUGUAUUUGCAUGUAAACAAUCAUCCAUGUUGUCCUCCUGUGUACGUUCUAGAUCGUGGACGAUGUUGUGGAUGGUUUUUUUUUUCUUUUUCUUUUUGGGAAGGUAUGUUGAGGAUGUUAAUCAUUAAUGAAGUUGUAGUUCUUUCCAUUUUUCUAUUAUUAUUAUUAUUAUUAUUAUUAAGGUAAAUUUGACCUUUCCUAUAAUUUAUCAUAAUUAUAGGGACUCUCCUAUAGUUUGAG